UCUUCAAUUGUGAAGCGUAGCAAACAUGCUCCUACUGCUGGUAAAAAACCUGCAAGGCGUUCACUUGGUGACAUGGCCAUACCAGGUCCUUCCAAGGAGACUUCAGAGGUUGAAGUUGUUGUAGUUCAUUCUGUGUUCACAAAAGAUCAUGACUAUAUGGCCACAGCCGUUGGGUCAGAUCAUGACUACACCAGGGCUUUAAACACAGACAUGAAACCGCAUGACAUUCAUGCCAUCCCUACAAUAACUGCCAUGGACAUUAUCAAGCAGCAUUUGUGUGAGACAAGUGGGAGCACUGAAAUAGUGGAUGAAAUAGUGGAUAUUGUCGCCAAUAACAAGAUAUUAUCCACUCGAGUUCAAGCAAGAUUCUUGGAACAAAUCAACAAUGUCUGCGCACGAUUGUCCUCUAGAAAUGCUGCAUUUAACAGCAUUCUUCUGAAAAAGAAAAGUGUCUCACAGUUGAUGCAGAAUGGGGAAAACAUUAUUCCAGAAAUAUUACAGGAAAUUUCAGAAAGCCUUCCGUUCGUCCUUGACCUGUUCUGCACAAUGACAAUAGCUGGGAAAAACCCAUCGGCCAAUAAGAUUGCCCCGAUUGUUGCUUUUUGCCAUCCUCAUGAAUGCCAGGAAUGAGAAGUUGUCAGCGUGGCACAGACUCACAACAGUUGUAUCCAUCAAAGGGCACUUGGAUGACUCGGCACUAACACUUUUCAACCGCAUGGGGAUGACAAUGUCGACAUCAUCCAAACUGCGUCUACUGGAUGAAGCUGGUGAAAUGCUGGAAGACAACAUCGCCAGAAGUCUAAGAAAAAACCCACUUGUCAAAAUCACGGGUGACAAUUUGGACAUCUAUGUCAGAACAGGACAUCAUUCACUGGACAGACACAGCAAGGACCUCCACAUGUUUGCCGCAAAUAUCAUAUUCAGCAGGAUUGCACAACUAGGAUCGUUCAGCACUAGUUUCACCAUGCCAUCACUUGGAACACUUUCUCCAGAGAAGUUCUUUCCCAAUGGUCACCACAGAGACACUUUGACAAACACCUACUGUGUAUUGUUAGGAAGAAUACUGGCUGAGUUUAAAGACUUCUCCUGGCUUCAAAAAGUGCUCCCAGCCCACAUCUAUAAUCCUUACCAAGCUGAGAUGAGGCAAAAAUCUGAAGUUUUUCAGCUACCAAUCAUCCUUAAGAAUGAGGCCAAGCAUGAGGAUUGUAUAUAUAUAUUGGACCAGUAUCAACAGGUCCUUGGUGAUGUUUACAUGAAGGCAUUUGGCUCCACUGACCUUCUUCGGUCCUAUAAAGUCCCUGUUGGUGGUGAUCAAUUAACUCGUGUGCGUCUAGAGGAAGCGAAACACCUUCGUUCCUUAGCUACCUCACCAGAAAAGCGGUUUGAAGAUCUCCACCCUUUCAUAAUAGAGCUCUGGCACAUCAAGCAAGACUUCUUGGAGAAAUGCUUUAAAGAGCUGUUCAGUUCCAAAACUCUGAGACAAGCUGGAACCCUAUACCAUUAAAAGGGCAAGUUGCAAAGGAGCGAUGUAAAUGGAAAGGUUAAGGGCGCCUUUAAAGCGC